AACGUAAGCAAAGCGAGUCUAGCAAGGUGCGGUGAGGAAGUGUGUGUCACAUGCUCCCCCACAGGAAACGAGACUGGAGCUGCUGGGGAAGUUCAGAACUGGGUGACCUCCAACAGAUUCAAAUAGCACAGGAUUGUGCAUCCUGGGAAAUGUUAUUGCCAUUUAACUAACUUCAGAAAGUGUGUUCUGGACUGAAUUGACCAGACCUCCCAUUCUAUGCAAGCAUCUCCUGCUGUGACCAGGUUUCUUAGCAAAAGCAGACAGAGCUCAGCCUUCCACCAUGCCUGUGCCUCCCCCUCCAGCUCCCCCUCCACCCCCAACACUGGCCUUGGCAAAUACUGAAAAGCCAUCCCUAAGCAGGUCAGAACAGGCAGGGCGAAAUGCUCUAUUAUCUGAUAUUACCAAAGGAAAAAAGCUCAAGAAGACUGUUACUAAUGACAGAAGUGCUCCAAUUCUUGACAAACCCAAAGGAUCUGUUGGAGGUGGCGGCGGUGGCUUUGGAGGAGGUGGCAGUGGCAGCAGUGGGAGUUUUGGUGGUGGCAGUGGUGGCAGCUUCGGUGGCGGUGGACCACCUGGCCUGGGAGGCCUUUUUCAAGCAGGAAUGCCAAAGCUCAGAUGCACUGCAAGUCGAGAUGCUGACGCCGGGGGAGGCCGGCCGCCCGUCCUGCCGCCCGGAGGCCGCUCCGCCGCCGCCAAGCCCUUCUCCCCGCCGAGCGGCCCGCCGCGCUUCCCGGGGCCGCCCUCGGGGCCGCGCACCGCCGCCCCGGACCCGCAGAGGAGCCGCGUGCCACCGCCGAGGCCCGACGGCGGCUCGAAGCCCGAGGCGGCGCCGCCGCCGGUGCCCAGCACGCCCCGGCCCAUCGCCUCCAGCUUGCACAACCGGGGCUCGCCGCCGGUGCCGGGGCUGAGCCGGCAGCCCAGCUUGGGGCCCUCGCCUCCGCCCUUCCCGGGCAGCCGGGCCGCGGGGUCGGCCGCGCCCCUCCGGCAGCCGGGCCCCGGCGCGCCGUCCCCCUUCUCGGGCCGGCCGCCGCUGCCGCCCACCCCGGGCCGGCCGGCCGAGGACAAACCGCCGCCCCCGCCGCCGCCCCCCGCCGGGCACCGGCCGCCCGCCGCCCGCGAGGCGUCUCUGCCGCCGCCGCCGCCGCAGAACAGCAAACCGCCCGUGCCCGCCGCCCCCCGGCCCGCCCUCGGCGCCCCGGCGCCCCCGCUGCCCCCCGGCAGGCCGGGGCCGCCCCCGGUCCCGCCCGUCCCCGCCGGCGGCGACGAGAUGCCGCGGCUGCCGCAGAGGAACAUCUCGCUGGGGUCGUGCCCGGCGCCCGGCGGGGGCCGCUCCGGACCGCUGCCCCCGCCGCCCGGAGAGAGACCGCCGCCGCCCGUCAGAGACCCGCCCGGCCGCUCAGGCCCGCUCCCACCGCCUCCUCCCAUAAGCAGGAAUGGAAGCACCUCGAGGGCUUUGCCCAGCACUCCGCAGCUGCCCUCCCGGGCAGGGCUGGACAGCCAGAGGGGCGGGCCACGACCGCCGCUUCCCCCCGACCGGCCCGGCUCGGCAGCGCCGCCGCCGCCACCGCCACCUUCGGCGGCUGUCAGAAACGGCUUCCAGGAUCCAGGUGAUGAUGAAUGGGAAAGCAGAUUUUCUUUUCAUCCGAUAUCUGAUUUGCCACCUCCAGAGCCAUAUGUACCCAUGAACAGAAGUUAUCCCAGUAAACUAGCAAGAAAUGACAGUAGAGGUGGUUCUGUCCGAAAAGAAAGAGGUGCCCCCCCGCUCCCGCCUAUACCGAGGUGAAAUGGAUUCUGGCCCAUCUUUGGGUGACAUCUGUUCUCAAGUUUCCUUCGAGUCAGCUCUCCUGUCCACAUGACUGGAAAGCUGUCUGCUGUGAUUGAUUUCCACUUUUGGCUUCUCAGCUGGAACAAACUUCAGUCUCUAUUACACAAGUAAUAGAUGUGGCUUAUGAACUAUAGCUGCUCAAAGCUCUGAAUUUUAUUCGCUUAAACUGCAGGCAUUUUGUGGACCCGACCGAACGUAUGUGCAUCAUGCUUACCAUGUCCAACCCCGUCCCCUGGAGAGCUCCGUGGGAGGUCUGGCUUUGAGUUUGAUAGAGCUUGAACAAAGCUGUUUCAUUCACUUUGGGUACAGUAGCUGUAUUAUUUUAAUGAUAAAGUAUUUGAUGUUUAAAAAACAGUUGCUGGGUAAAAAGUGUAGCCAAGAGUCCCCUGGAUCCUUCUUUGCAUGCCUGACUCAGCCUAUCUGCUUUUGCAAGCCAUAGACCUACUACAUGGUGACAAAGGGUUCAUCUUUAACUUUUUUACUUCAGCUUAGUCAAGCAAAUCCUAAACAAUGCACAGCACAUCCUGCCUCAAUGAUGGAGUAUCCCUGGCCUUGUUUUUAUCUGCAGAGAAUCUUCCGAAGAAAAGCACAAAUGAAGAAUUCAUCAGCAUAAAUGUAUAUAUUUUUUUAACCCUCUUUCCUCUUUUUUUAAUAGUGUUAUGUGUUCUGUGACCUAAUUCUGUCCUACUCUUAUGUGGACCAACCCACAUCAUGUCAUCCGUGCCUUGGAUUGCUGUAAUGCCCUCUGCCUGGUAGUGCAUGUGAAGAGUCCUCAGAAGGCAGUCUGAGUGCAAACACAGCAAUUUUUGGAGUUGCAGGCUCCUCCUGUGAAGCAUCACUAAUGCCAGUGCUCCACAGACUGCUAUCCAGUUGUUUCUUUGGUACAACUAAAUGAUGGAGUUUGAUGUUCCUCAGUGAAAGCCCUUUGAUGUUGUGAGGGUGGUCCAUGGUUUGUACAUUCAAGUGGGAGCAUCCAGAAUUUGCUGUCUGCACUGGUUCAAGAGAAAUGGAAAGAUUUGGCUAUGAAGCUUGUCCUUUCAAACUUUGCUGAAAGGAGUCUCUACAGAGAGCUGCAAGGCUUAUGAGAGAAGAAAGAGUAAAGUAUUCUAACAUUGUGGCAAGUGGUUAAUAUGUUUAGUGGCUUUUGAGUUUUGUGUGUGAGAAAAGAGCUCAUUGUAUGAGUGAAUUUUACAAGUGGGUUUAAGUGCGUAUAAAGUGCCUUUGGAAAUUAGAGGAAGAUUAUAAUUCUGGAUUUGAAAUAUUGGGGAAUGAUAGUUCUUUGUUAAUUGGACCUCUGAAAAAUAUCCUCUCAGUCUCAUCAGCAGCAUGUUUCUUCAGUGUUUUCCUUGGGAUCCCUACCAAGCCUGUAUCAGCAGCUGUGCUUCACAGGGUGUUGCUCAAAAAAACCCAAAAUAAAACAUAGAAACUAGUCAUGUAGGUUAAGAAAAUGUUUCUCUAGCAUGGGAGAUAUCAUCCUAAGUACACUCUGCGGCUAGAAUGAGGUCAGUCCUUGAAAAUCUAGGGAAUUUAGCCAAAGAGAGUCUGGACCCUGCUGAAGUGUCUGUGAAUAGGGCUUUUUGCUCUGUCUGUGAGCAGGGGGGCAGAUCCACUUUCUGCCUGCAGCCUGGACAUAGCAUUGAAGGGGAUGAGACUAGAGUUGGAUUUGGCCAGAUCAAAUUUAAUUUGGUCUUUUCAGUGUUUGUUUACAAAAUCUUGUGAGCUGUGACAGCAUUGAUUAUGUACUUGUUUUUUACAUUUUUGUAUCUAAUUACCUAUUUUUGGUCACUGUUUAUGGUCUUGAACCUGCAAUGAAAUGCGCAGGCGCAGGGAUGUAGCUACAUCCAGUUGCAGGAUCCUGGCUGUAAGAGUUCCUUAAACAGAUACUGGUGGGACCUCCAUGUGACAGGUGCACCUUGGGAUCAAACCUGGCACAAGGCUGAAUUUGUAUAGGUAUUUUAUGGAUGUCAUUUAAAGUGCCUGUCUCUUUGGGAUAUUAUUUUGUGAAUAGAAGUCUCCAAAUAAGAUUUUUAGGCUAAUAACUUAAAGGAUAAAUUAUUGUAUUCAUAUUUUAAAACAGAAGCACUUAAUACCUUUCUAAGAAACAGUAGUUUGAAUUUAAGAAUACAAUAUUUUCAGUACCUUGACUUGCCAAAUUUUUGUUAAUAUCCAAAUAGCUAUGUAGCCAAAAAAAAACCCCAACCCUCCAGAAAUAAUAUUUUUUUAUAACUUACCUGCUUCCAACAUAAUGGUUUUACUUUGGUAAGUCAAUGAAAAUGCUGCCCAGUGUUCUUCCAAUACUCUGUGUAAUUCAAAAUAUCCUGUACUUGAUCGUUUCAGCAAGGUUUUCUGACCAGAAAUCUGGACCACUACCAAAGACUUGGAAAACCAGCUUCAGUUUCACUUUAAAAUGUGCUGUGUAAAAGGCCCCCAGUUAACAAGCCAAGAGUCCUGAGCUGCUUAGGUUUUAGAAAUUAUUUUUUACUCUAGAAAACUCUUCAGAAUAGAUGUUUGGCUUAGAUGUAAAAUAGCUUAAUACUGCAGAAAGGGGCAUUUUUUUCACAUAACAACAGCAUUUCCAUUUCUGUGUUUUGCUGUAAAAGUCCCUAGAUAUAUUCCAGAACAAUGCAGCAUUUUAUCAUUCAAUAUAUUGCUUCAUGUAGCAGUAGCUAUUUACAAUAUGAUCAGUAUUAAAGUAUUUAUUUCACUAUGAAGUGUUAAAAAAGAAUAAUACAAAACAGGUUGAAUCAAUGGUGCCUUAUGAAUUUUUUAGUCAAUUUUUCUGUGUCUCAGUAGAAGAAUUAAUAGACAUUGCUCUUCCAGGUCCUACCUAAAUAGUGCCGACAGUAGCAUUUAACAGUGUGAGCCAAACCCUGCUGUUGGUGUGUGCUCCAACUGCUAACUCCAGGUGGAGCUCAGUGUAUGGAGAGGCCACUGGAUCAGUGUGUAGGUGAGGUGGAUGUGGGCACUGGUUGGCUUCACAGUCAGUUGCUGGUAUUGCUUUCAAAAUUCAAACCUGUCCCAAAACCAGUGUCUGAUGCUGCUGUCCACACAGCCCAGCUGACUUCAGUCAGUGUGGUUGCAUAGGUUACAGAAGUAAAUUUCAUUCAUUGCUUGCAUAUAAGAUUUGCUGGGUUUGUUUCAUGGCAUUGUAUUAUAAACCCUCACGCCUCAACCUGUCUUCUUACAUUACCACUGAGGCUUGCACUGCGUGACAAUGACCACGGAUGUUUGUUUUUGUUUCAUUCAACUCCAUAAAUAAAAUGAGAAUAACUUUUGUACCAUGUAAAAAUAAUUUCUGCUCUAUAUUUUUGGAAGAAAAGCACGUGCUUUGUUUGUUAUGACUUUCUGCACCAGCCAUUGGGAGAAGAGGUCGCAGUGAUGAAUGUUCAGAUCUGUUAAAGGAAACUCAGCUUGUGAUUCAGGAAGUGUAUAGUUCUACAAAUGAAAUAAAUAACAUGGCAAAGUUCUUGUUUAAAAGCCAGCAUUUCCCAGCACUAAAAGAAUCAUAAGGGUUGUGUUUUCUUUUCUGCAAGACAGCACUGUGAAAGAAGUUCCUUAUAUUGUCAGUUAAAAAACUGGGCAGUAGCUUCUCCUUGCAGCAUCAGCUGUUUGCAUGACACUUGUAGAAGAUCUGUCUUGGAGCAAGGGAGAAAGGAGCUAAACUGCUAUCAUGCAUUGCAUGUAUUGUAACACAACAGUCUUCUGUACAGAAGUAUGGAAAUAGGAAAGGUACUUUUUUUGCCUUGGAGGUAAAGAAUGGAAUUGAGUGAUCAAAGAGAUUUUUUUAAGUACUAGAGUAAAAAAUAGGGUAUAAAAUGUGCACUUUGGAGUUCCACGUGGCAGUGGCGUGAGCACCUUCGUCUCACAGCGAGGUGCAACGACCUGAUACAGCGGUACAUUGAAUCCAUGGAACACAGAUUGUGUGAGCCUUCAUGUUUCCAACAGUAUUCAUUAGAAAAUAAGGAGAAUCUCUCACCCAAGAUAUCCAGGAGCACUUUAAGGGCACAUUCAUGGAAUGGUUCUUCAUGUACACUGGAAGAAAACAGGGAUCUUGUAGCCUGUAAGAUGGAUGUUUGGAGCAUUCAGUUAAAAUCUAAACUGGAGCAUUGGCAAAGAGGGGAGUAUUGGACUAACUCAGGCAGAAGCAGGGCAUGUAUGGUCUCAGUGAGUAUGCAGCAGGUGGGUAUGCAGAUGUAAAAAGCAAAAGUGGAAGCAGCAUGUCUUAAGGGAGUAACCUUUUAUGUAUGUGGCCAUUUUGAAAUAGUUUGUCUGUGGUAAAUAUUUCUUAGUGUAAACUAAUGCAUGCAGAGGAAGACAUCUAAAUUUGGACUUCCAAAGCCACUAUCUAAAGAGGGCUAUCUAAAACAUAAAACAGGCCGAGCAAAAAGUAACAUUUCUAUCAGAUGCUUAAAGUUUGAGCUUUUUAUAAAAUAUUAAUCUAGUUCUGUGAAUUUUUUUGCUUAACAUUCAUUUUGUAAGUGAUUUUGGUAUUUUUCUGUCCUAUACCAAAUAAAUUUUACUUUUAUUUA